ACGACAACAUUAUCUGAUUUUUGGGAUUGGAAUGGAGUUGUUUGAUUGAAAUGGAUAUCACAUGGCCUAUGAAAUGAGAUCUGAGGAAUCUUUGUUACUUCCUUUUAAAUACGAAGUACUUGAUCAAAGGUGCAGAGGAGAUGCCUUUCUAGUUAUUGUUCACUUCAUGCCACAAAUUUACCCCUUGCCUUUGAUAGGAGUUUUGUGUUUUUAGAGUCUUAUUAUUAUUAUUUUAUUAAUCGUGUGGUAGUUGAUAAGUGAUAUUGAAGUUUGAAGACUCUCUAAAUUUAAUAUCCACGAGUUUGAUAGAAAUGAAUUACUGGAAAUUCUCUUGAUAAAACAAAGUGGUGAUUGAUAGUGGUAGAGCUAAACGUUUGUAAGUGAGGUCAAAUAAUGGUAUAGUACUACAUGGUCCACAUCUCAUGAUCUAUAAGCUAAAUGAUGGCACAAACAAAGGUCAACAUAACUGCACACUUGAAUAAUUAAAGUAUUUUAAUGUGACUGGACAAGUUUGAGUAUGGUAAUGGUAUGCUUAUCUUAUUCUUUGCUACUACCUCCGUUUCAAAAAAAUCUUUACAGUUACUAUUUGCACGGACUCCAAUGCAAUAUUUAACUACAAAUAUAUCCAAUUUCGUAUGUGAAAAAUUUAUAAAAAUUUGAUAUUCUGAAAAUACAUCCCGAGACCAAUCUAACAAGAUCUUACAUGUAACGUUUUGAUGUAUAUAAUUGGGAGAAUUUACGGUCAAAGUUUUUUACUUUGGACACAUUUUUCAAAGCGUAAAUAACUUUCUGAAACGGAGGUAGUAUCUUUUAAUUUGGCCAAAUGUCUUUUUCCUUUGUCUUCCUAACUUUCUCCUAUAGUUGAGUUGGAUUCAGAUUUUAGAACCCGCUUCAGCAAUAAAAAAUGAAAUAUAGAUUGUUGCUUCAGUUGGAAAAUGCUUUUGCAAUCAACUGAAGAGUAUGAGGAUGAUUAAAACUAUAAGAGGAUGUUUGUGGUUUAUUCUUUGGGUUUAUUUUUAGUGCCCACUUCAAAUAGGUUUAUAGGUGUCAAAAUUUUGAAGGUUGUUGAGGAUGUUUCUAAAAUAGGGAUACAAAUUGGUGUAACUAUGUGAGCCGACUUUUGGCAAAAAUGCGUGUUGCGGAAUUUUGGCUAUUCCGAUGCUUUAAGGGACCUAUAAGUUGGGUUUUUUUUUUACCUAACUUCGUUAUAGGAUAAUGGGGAACAUUUCCCAAAAUUUUAGGAGAUUCCGAGAUCAUGACCCAAUAUCUCCACAUUUGGUAAAAACUCGGUGGCAAAUUUGGACAUUUUCAGAAAACAAAUAGUUUAGUGGUCCGGGUCGCUUGCCAUAUACACCCCAUGGAUCUCCGAGAGGCUUAUUGGAUGCUUAGAACCAUUUACUUGGCCUCGUAAAUGGCAAUUUAGCCGAUUUUCUUAUAAACUCCAGAGAGUGUUAAAGGGUCUGCUAUAUUGCCAUUGAUUGAAUCCGAGUGUUAAGAUUUGAAUGAAGAAUAUUUUGAAAUUCUGAAAGUCAAUACGAGCAAUAUUUUUCAAAGUUGACAUGCAUUCUUAGUUUUCAAAGUUGUAGGGAGCAUACAUGUAUUUAUGUUGACUAACUCUAAUUGUGAAUUUGAGAGUUACCAAGUAGACAACGCACAGAAAAGUCCAAGCUAUAAUAUACUUAUAUUUAUACAAGUCACAAAUCCCACUGACAGUCCGUAGUAGUUGAAAACAAAAACACAUCAAAGUUGAAAACAGCAGAGUUAGAAAUAACAGGGAAACAGCCCCAUGUAGUGGAAUGGUAGGUGUGGAUUGGAAUAAGAAAGCAUUAGUGUGAACUCAACAACAACAAAUCCCAUCUUAAAACCUUGUUCAAACACCACAAAGCUGUCAUCUGCAAACCUCUCGGUAAAGUGUAAACACAUCACCAUCAUCUUGAAUUCAUCUACUAAAAAACAAUGACUUCUGUACUCAAAUCGUAUCGCUGUGCCUCAGUAUUCUGGGUAGUGGCAACGCUAAUCGUAGCAUCUGUUGUCCCUACAAGAACAAUGUCAAUGUCUAUGGCAAAGGCUGGUUGUCAGCAAAGCUGUAGAAAUUCAACCAUUAUAAUUCCAUUUCCAUUUGGCAUAGGUACAGAUUGUUACUACGAUCCAUGGUACGAAAUUAAUUGCAAUUCGUCUUCUCCAGGUCCUGAAAGACCAAUACUGAGUUCAUUCGGCGUGGAAGUUUUGAACAUAACAAGUUGUUCAAGUAGUAAGUGUGAUAUAACUGAUCUAAGAAUAGAAGUUGCAACUGAAUGGCAAAAGAUAUGUAGUGCACAAAAAGAAGUCGUAAAUGACAUGGAUAGCAGCCCUUAUAUGAUGUCAACUUCAGGAAAUCAUUUAAUGGUGAAGGGUUGUCCAGCAGUUGCUAUAUUAAUGAAUCGAAAGGGAAAUACGGUUGCAGGAUGUUCUUCAGUUUGCAAAGGGAAAACUGCAGACAGCAGUAGUAGUUGUGAUGGAGUUGGAUGUUGCUUGAUAUCAGUAGAUGAGCAAUACUUGGGGGUUGAUUAUUAUCAGAUGGCUUUGAGAAAUAAUUACGUUGAUACUAACAAUAAUACUUGUGUAGAGUUUGCGUUAAUAGAGAGGUCGUUAACGCUGGAGAAUGAGAAUGAGAAUGAGAUUGAAAGACUAGCAAGGGAUGAUCUUGUUCCCACUCUAUGGCACUGGAUGCCCCCGGCAUUACCUCAAGGAAUUUCUGACACUAGUAGUAACCACAGUGAUAGUGAUUUCUCUUGUAAAUCCUUUUGUGGUUAUUAUGAUGAAGUUCAAUGUGUGAAUAUUUGUACCUGCAAUCAAGGCUUUCAAGGAAAUCCAUACAUCCCUAAUGGUUGCCGAGAUCCAUGCAAAGAGGGCAUCAACCAUUCAUCUCUCAACUGUAAAAAGAGGUCCUUGAGGAUAACUUCAGCACCAAUUCUAGCGCUGAACAUAGUAUUGGGGUCAGUGACGUUGCUUGUUCUUGGGUAUGGCUUGUACCGUCUAGUAAAGAGAUGGAGGCAAAUUGAGCAAAGAAGUAAAUUCUUUAAAAGAAAUGGUGGCCUACUUUUACAGCAGCAGAUGAUCUCUGAAGGUGGUGUUAUAGAGAGUACAAGAGUGUUUACAUUUACAGCCCGUGAAUUGGAGAAAGCUACGGACAAUUUCAACAACAACAGAAUUCUUGGGCAUGGAGGUCAAGGUACAGUUUACAAAGGGAUGUUGCUCGAUGGCAGAGUUGUGGCUAUUAAGAAGCCUAAUAACAAGGUCAAGUCAGAUCAUUUUAUUAACGAGGUCGUUAUUCUCUCUCAAAUCAACCAUAGAAAUGUUGUUAAACUACUAGGAUGUUGCUUAGAGACACAAGUUCCUUUACUAGUUUAUGAGUUUGUACCAAAUGGGACACUUGCUAAGCAUAUCCACCACAAUCCUAAUCAAGAUUUCCAGAUUACUUGGAAGAUGCGUUUGCAAAUUGCUUCAGAAAUAGCAGGAGCUCUUGCUUACUUACAUUCAUCAUCAACUACACCUAUUUAUCACAGAGAUAUCAAGUCCACAAAUAUACUUUUGGACAACAAAUAUCGAGCUAAACUAUCAGAUUUCGGUACUUCAAGGAGCAUGAUGAUCGAUCAAACUCACUUAACGACUCGUGUGCAGGGUACGUUUGGUUAUAUGGAUCCUGAAUACUUCCAGUCAAACCAAUACACAGAAAAGAGUGAUGUUUAUAGUUUUGGAGUUGUUCUGGCUGAACUUUUAACAGGCAUGGCGCCCGUCUCUAAGGAUGAAUCCGGAGUAUGGAAAGGGUUGGCAAAUGAAUUCUUAUUCCAUUUUGAAAGUAAUAAUUUAGAUCAAAUUCUAGAUGUACAAGUUGUACAAGAAGAAGCAAGGGAAGAACAAGUAAGAGUGGCAGCAAAUCUGGCAAAGCGAUGCAUGAAUUUGAGUGGUAAGCAAAGGCCUACCAUGAAAGAAGUAUCAUGUGCAGUAGAGGGAAUCAGAUCAUUCAAUAUAUUUGAGCAAUUAACUUUCAAGGGAAGUCAUAAUAAUCCUGAUUUGAUUAUGGAAAUGGGGAAGAUUUUGAAUGAUGAACAUUAUACGGAUUCAACUACAUUUUACUCAACCAACUCUGUAUAAUUCAAUUCAAUCUAUACUUUAAACAAGACCAAUCAUUCAUGGCCUAGCCCGGCCCGGCCCGGCCCAAAUAUGUUUUUUUCUUUUUUUUUGUAUACUUGGGAUUAUAGCCCAUCAAAGUACAGUGUUAGAAGCAAUUUUCAUGUAUUUGUUUACUCCCUCCGUCCCUUAAUACUCGAAUCGUUUUCCUUUU